GACAAAUUAUUUAGUAUUCAUCUUCUUUUCUUUUCUUCCUCUUCUUCAUCUUUACACAAAAGCAUAUAUUAAGUUAAAGAAACUUGGAGCAAUUGAUCUCUCUAUAACUACUCUCAUUAAUCGUUUUGAGUUUACUUCCAACAAUCCUAAAAAAGAGCAACAUAAUUGACAUGGAGAAUGUCGAGAAAACAGCUGCUCAUGCAAAGCCUUCCACUGAAGGCAGUUCUCUAUCAAAUAAUGAGGAUUUUGUGGGCUUUGAGGAAGAUGUAAAUCAGAUCAUUCAGAAAUUGACUGGAUUCGGAGGACCAAAACAACGAGACAUUAUCUCGAUUGUUGGAAUGCCUGGUCUAGGUAAAACGACUUUGGCUAAUAAAGUGUACAACAAUCCUCUUGUUAUUCAUCACUUUAAUGUCAGAGCAUUUUGUACUGUUUCACAAAAAUAUGACGAGAGGAAGCUAUUGGUUGAGAUUCUUAAACAAGCAACAGGUGAUAAGAGUGACAUCAAUGAGGAUGUGGACGUGGUUGAUGCGGUGAAGAAGGCUCUAUCUAGCUGGAGAUACCUCAUCGUAUUAGAUGACAUAUGGAAAUAUGAGGCAUGGGAAUAUCUGCAAUUAUGUUUUCCUCGAGAGGAAAAAGGAAGUAGAAUUAUGAUAACAACUCGAGAUGAAAAGGUGGCUAAGGAGAUUAAGCACCGCAGUGAUCCUUAUUUUCUUCGAUUCCUAACAAAGGAGGAGAGUUGAGAAUUAUUGCAAAAGAAAGUAUUUCAAUGCGAGAGCUGUCCCGUGGAGCUACGUGAAGCAGGAGAAGAAGUUGCCAAAAACUGUAAGGGACUGCCUCUUGUGAUUGUCUUGACUGCUCCAAUUAUCGCGCAAAAGGAAAGACAAGCCUCUGUGUGGAGUGAGUUUGCAAAUAUUUUGAGUUCCCAUGGUUUAGAAGAGCUGAGUACGAAAGCAAUACAGUCAAGUUAUGACAAUUUAAGGGUUCAUCUAAAGCAUUGCCUUCUUUACAUGGGAUAUUUUCCGGAAGACUUCAAAAUUGAAGUGUCUGAUUUGCUGAAGUUGUGGAUAGCCGAAGAGUUAGUGCAAAACAUCGACACAGAGAACCUAGAGAAAGCAUCUAAAGAUUGUUUGAAUGAUCUUGUCAAUAGAAGCCUUCUAAUAGUUUCUAAAAGGAGAUCUAAUGGUGACAUAAAAUACUGCAUGGUUCAUGAUCUAGUGCGUGCGUUUUGUUCAACUAAACUUGAAGAAGAAAAGUUUAAGCAGCAGAUCGCGCCAUAUAAUUUAUCCCAAACCUCAUCUUCGCAGGAUCCUCACUUAUGCAUGUAUAUCCAUGACGAGCUUGUUAAACGACUGGAGCUGAAUGGGUAUUUACUGGACAAGAUUGCAAUGGUCGACACUGAAGAAAGGGAGUCUAUUGAGUUCAUCGCUCAUCCACAAUUCUACGCAUCAAACCGAGUGGAUCUUUUCCCUGUAAUUAUUAGCUUAAGACAUAUUAGGGUGCUGCAUUUGUUGGAUGUCAACUUGGAAAAUGACCGAGAUUUUCAAGUUUCUCCGGCUUCCACUCUGGGAUUACUAUUUCACUUGAGGUACCUAGCAAUUUUUGUCAAAAAGUUUGAUUUCAAGUGGGUUUCGCACUUGAGUGAUCUACAAACUUUGCGGGUCCAUUCACAUCAGCGCAUAAAGACCUCACCUGAUAUUUGGAAAAUGACGAAGCUAAGACAUGUGGAUAUUAGUGAAUUUUCCUUUAUCUGGGAAGACAGCGAGCAAGAAAGUCUUAAACAAUCUUCACAAACUGUGUUAGAGAACUUAAAGUCUUUUGGCAAGUGUCGUGUAUCUGUGGCGGAUAUGAAUCGGAAGUUCUGGUGGAGGUUUCCGAAUCUUGAAGAAUUUAAGCUCUCCAUUGUUAAUCUUCAUGAUAUGCCUAAUCAUUCGCUGUUUUCUACAGCGGAAACUCAUAAUCAGCUUCAAUCUCUUGAUAUAAGUUUCCCGAUUGGUUUCUCCGAAUCAAUUGGAUGGUUUAAAUCAGUCUUCCCUUUGAAUCUUAAGGUUUUAUCUCUUGCUGGCAUUUCAUUGACAGAAGCAAUAGUUUCAAGUAUUAUAGCACUGGAAAAUCUUGAGACUCUCAAAUUAUUUUUUAUACACUUUACAUGUGAUCCGCUAUGGGACGUCACAAAUAAAGUGUUCAAAGCGCUGAAAUACUUGAAAUUAGAGCAAGUGGAUAUGAUUCAAUGGGAGUCCUCAGAGACAUCCUUUCCUGUUCUUGAGAAACUUGUUAUAAAAGAUUGUGGACGGUUUGAGAAGAUUCCUUCUAGUUUUGCAGAUAUUCUAUCACUAAAAUCGAUUAAAGUGAUCAACUGUAGCGACUCAGUUGGGAAUUCAGCUUGGGAUAUUAAAGAAGAAGCUGAAAAUACCGAAGGAACUGAAAGAAUCCGAGUUCAUAUCCCGAAGAAAAACUAAAGAUGGGUCCACCUGGAUGCAGCUUCGAUCAGAGGAGAUAUUUAUGUUCUUCUACAUGAUUACAGAGACAAAAAGAGUUGUUCUAUUGGAUUAUCUGUAGCUAAUGUAUGUAAGACUUCAAUGUCUUUUUAGUUCUGUAGUUAAAUAACUAUUUGAAAUGUUAAUGUCUCAAAUCCUUAUUCAAAAAAAAUCAGAUGUUUGUAGGUAUGUUCGCUAGAAAUUAUACUUUUUAUACGAUAUGAAUACCUUAUAUUCAUUUAA